AUGUCUUAUUUUUUGUUCCUCACAUUAUUCGGAGUAUUAAAUUGCUUGCCAAUAGACGAUGACGAUGUAAUCAUCGUGGAUAGCGUGGAUUUGAACAGCAUCGAUGGCGUUGAAGAAUACAGUAUAGAUAUAUCUGGUUUGGAUCAGCUGGCAUUUGGGAUUCCUAAAAAUGAAAGCGGAGUUGCAGUGUCAGAAUGGACUGAUUCUUCCCUUAUGAAUCCUGAGGAAAUGGGUGAAUAUCUUGAGGGUGAUAUCCUGAUGCCAGGACUCGCCAGAAACGGUAUCAGAGACAAGACAUCUCGGUGGACGGACGGCAUUAUUCCUUAUGUGAUGGACGGAGGCUUCACUCAGGAACAAAAAGAUACAAUCCGGAAAGCUAUAGCAGAUUACCACCGAUUGACAUGCCUACGCUUCGUGCCCUACAACGGGCAAAAGGACUACCUCAUCAUCAAGAGUUCUAAAACUGGGUGUUGGUCUAGUGUUGGAAGAAUAGGAGGCCGACAGGAGGUGAACCUACAGAGUCCAGGCUGUGUCACGAAAAAAGGAACAGUCAUACAUGAGCUGUUACAUGCGAUUGGGUUUAUGCACGAACAAAGCCGACCUGAGAGAGAUGACUUCGUCACUAUCAAAUAUAGUAAUAUAAAGCCAGGAACGGAGGUAAAUUUCAAGAAAUCCGAAGCCAAGAAUACUGACGAUUUCGGCGUUGGUUACGACUACAACAGCGUCAUGCAUUACUCUGAAUAUGCCUUCUCUAGAAAUUCACAGAAAACUAUAGAACCAAAGAUCAGCAACUCUAAAAUUGGCCAAAGAGAAGGCUUGAGCCGGGGUGAUGUGAAGAAAGUUAAUAAUAUGUACAACUGUAAGAAGGACGUUCCAAUGACUACCGAGUCCAAUGAUAUUGACACUGGAAAGGUUACGAACACUCCACCAACUAGAGAACCACAAGCGGGAUGGUUAGGAUCUAUAUGGCAAAGCAUAUUCGGUGAUAAGAAGAUUGAUCCUGAAGUGACUGAAAAAUAA